UGAUUGUGAGAGGGGGCGUUGGUGGGGGGUGGAGGAGAGAGAGGUGGGAGUGUGUUGCUAGAACUAAACACAUAACUGGAUACGGAUACAUCUGUAAAAUCAUUACUCUUUCAAAGUUUUCAUUUCUAUGUACACAUUUUCUAGCAGAUUGUCUUGGCUUCAUCACUAUUGACCAUGACCAAACUCCUGCAAGCUAAGGGGAAGACACAUCUAUAACACUCAAGACCAACGUAGUCAUUCCUAAUGAACGCUGGACGGUUACAAUUGAUGUUUUGUCUAAUCACAUCAUUCACUGGUUCAUUGGGUCUCAGCCACAACAUUGUUCAUAAUGUUUAUAACGAAACUUCAGGGAGAAACAAUCAGCGGCAACAAAACAUCAACCUAUCCAAUGAAACUCUACACACAAAUCUUCAUCCACAACUAGCCUCUAUACAUAACCACACAAAUAAUUGGCCUAUCAUACAUUCCGACUUACAGACUGAGAGGACCUUGCAUCGAGUAACUAGACGCACAAGCCAAAAGCCAGUUACAACUACGGAUGACGCCCGUUUUAACCUCGAAUUGCGAAUCAGGGAUACGAGUAAGUUUAGAGGCCUUGUUGUCGGCGCCUCGGUCAAUUCAAUGCUGAAGGAGACCGUAAAGAAAAAGAUUAAAGAGAUUGAGGCCAGCCUCUGGAGGCUCCAGUCUCAGAAGACAACCACAUUCCAAGACAAGGAUCAGACACCAGCGUCUAUACUUGGGGCUUUUCCCUCUGAAGUGAAAACCAACUUCCACGGCACGGACGAGCAGUCAAAGCUUCGUCACGCGCCGGAAGACAGCCUUCCCGACGUGAACUCCCUCUCUAAUUUAUUCAUCUUGAUGUGUCUUGUUGAGAGUCAAAUAUUCGGUGGCUCGCAGAUAUCUUCCACUUCUAAUCUUGCCCUGACUGUUCAGUCCUUGGAGCAAUUUCAAAGUCGGACGUUUUUGAGACAAAGUUCUAUUAUGACUCUGUGGCCUGAGAAAAUGAUGCCCACUGUCCAAGGCUGGGUUAACUAUCCCGAGAAUCUCGUUUUGACUAGGGUGAAGGACAACACCACUUUCGGCAGACUCCAAUCACUUGUCAAGUCAUGUGACUGCGAGCCUGCCAAAUCAGCACUGAAAGAGAUAGACAGCAAGCCGAUGUGCAAAGAAUACUUGAACACGCCCUUUUCAGACAUCGUCUACGACAAAGCCAGGCCUCCGGAUUUUUUAACUUCCUUUGCUAAUCUUGCUCUUGGCUGUCUUCUGUAUGCCAGAUAUGACAAAGACACUACAGGCAAACAAAGCGUUUUCCAGAAUGAGCUGAAUUUUUGGCUUACAAGCAAUCCUGACAUUCAGUUACACUUAAACAAAUUGAAAGAAAUGAUUAUAACUUUGUCUAUGAACAAGAAUACAGGUUUCGGUGAAACUAUAAUAGAUGGACACAACAUAACAUUAAAAAAUGAUACUUUGAAUUCAGAAAACAACACAGGUUUAGAAAGUUUACCAAAUCAAGAAAAUAAAACAGCUUCAGAAAGUAAAGUAGACCCAACAAAUAAAGAAACUCCAACUAGUCAAAUAGUUUCAGAAAUUAAAACAGCUUCAGAUAGUAAAGUAACUCAGGAAAUUAAGACAGCUCAUGAAAAUAAAACAGCUUUAGGAAAUACAACAACUCAAGAUAGUAAAGUAUCUCCAGAAAAUGAAACAGCUUCAGAUGGUAAAAUAGCUUCAGGUAAUAAUACAGUUCCAGAUAGCAAAGUAGCUCCAGAUAAUAGGACAGCGUUAGAUGAAAAUUCUUUUAAAGUAAAAAAGAAAACUUCAUUAGACAAUCGUAAAAGAAAAGACAGUGUUAUUGCGAAAGCUAUAGCAUCAGCUAAACAGGAUAAGACGACAGAUGUUGACAAUAUAUUUGCUACAACUGGUAUCAAGAAUAUAGCGACAACACUAAGAAAAGACAGUCAGGAUAAAAUGACACAUAGUGCUUCCAUCCUGCCAAAUAACAAAACUCUAACGUCAGAUAAUGGAACCAUAACAGAAGAGAAACAGAGUCCUACGCCAGUUACCUACAAUAGUACAUCGUCUACAUUGGCAAACAGAAUAAUAGUAACAUUAAACGACCACAAUACAACGUCCAACAUAAAUAUAGAAACGUCAGAUAAUAGAAUCAAGCCAGGGAGCACAGUGACACCAAAUACAAACAUUACAAUACCAAAGACAGAUCAAAUAAACCGUGAUGCCGGAAAUGUUUUCAGACAAAAAGAUUCCCCAUCUAUGGAUAACAGCACAAUACCUAGAGCUAAGCAGGAAGAAGAAUUAAACCGGACACGACGUGAAGUCGAUCCAGUAAAAGUUAUUUUAACCUCGACUGUUGUCAACACCUCAGGUAAUGAUGUCAAUGUCUCUCAGAGUAAUGGAUCCUCUCCCAUCCCAGAUGCACACAUUUCCCCACCUGUUUCUCAAACUGUGAAACAAAAGAACACUACCUCGAGCAGAGUAGCCAAUCAGAUCAUUGACUCACCCUCCUACUAUGGGUUAAGCUCUUACUUAAAAGGCCAACUAAAAGAUGGGAAAGAGACUGUGCUUGUACCAACAUGGAUAUCGUUUGAUAGGCACGGAGACGUCAAGGACUCCAACAACAAUCUGUUUCGCAGCUACAAUAGCAUUGACCUGACCACCACAGCAACUGUCCUCCAUGCUUUGAUUUUAUCUCACAUGACUGGGUUCGUGAAUCUUGAUGUUGAGACUGAGCUAAUGAACCUGGUUCUUUCUUCACUCCGUCUGCUGACCUGGUACGUGUCAAACAUUCAUGAGCUCAACACUUUCCUUGGGGUGUCCAGGUACCCAUCCAGAUCCCAGUUGUUUUGGAUCCUAUCUAGAACGGCGUUUCAGUUACAGUCUGUACAAGCAACUUCUAAACAUAUGUUCAAAUUUGCAACGAAGGAGAUCGAGGCAUUUCUGGCAACUCUGCGUAAAGAUAUGACAUUCAUCAUUUUACAAAGCAUAGUCGAUGGUGGCCUCGGAAGUGACGGAAAAACACGAGUUCACGUGGAUGAGUUCCUUGGCGUAGCUGAUCUUGACAACAAAAACGCUAAAAAAAUUACAGGAGAUGACCGUCUCUUCGCCUCUGCUAUGGCCAUCAACACUCUAGUCUCCACGUGGACAGUCCAGCAAGAGGACGGGACUCUCCAGUUCAUCAAAGGGACUGACGACUCUGUUCGCAUUGCCGUCAAUAGUUUGGUGAAUUACGUCAGUAGCUCAGUGGACGACAGCAGCACACGUCAGGACAACGCAUAUAUGACUGACCAGGUUAAAAACUGUCAGACAUUUUCAGCGCAGUACCCAUCUAAUAUUGUCACCACCAGGGAAGGGAAGGUUACAUCAACGGAGGAAAUGAGUUACAAAUUGAGGUACGGAGUUAAAGGAGUUUACUCGCCGGAAGCUUACCAAAAGGAAUUAGAAAGCCCUAGAUUUAGUGAAAGGAAACAAGAGAAUGACUCUAAUCUACUCAACACACCGACAUCUUUGUUUCGCUAUUGGUCGAGUACCGCGUACACUAAGGCUGCCUGCAUACUGGCCAUUGCACAAGCUGCCAAUCUUCAAGUCGGCCAUGAUUAACAAAAAUGUUUGAAUUCGUUUCUAAACAGAACAAUAUUUUGGUUGAACAGUGAUUCUCUAUUUAAACAUAAAAGUCGUACUGCUUUUAAAGGGACGCAAUGAAUCAAACUUUAAAUCAAAAUUGUUCUAUGAAUUACGUCCCCUUCUUUGUCUUCCACCUUUUUAUAUAUCUUUACCUCUCUUUUCUUUCUUUCUUUUUCUUUCUAUAUCUAUCUCUCUCAAUUAAUAUAUAUAUAUAUAUAUAUUCUAUCUUUCUCUAUCUCUUUUCUGUCUCUCUUUCAAACACUUGUUUCUUCUGACUGUAGUGUCAUGUUUCUCAAAUCGCUGGAUUGCUGCGAGCAAUAAAGUUGAUCCAAUAGAUACUGUGUCCAGAAAAAAAGCAAGUCUAUUCAAAGAAGUGAACUCUUUGAUCUACUCGCAAUGACAUGGUCUAACAAAGGUGUCUGCUUAGCUUUAGCAUUGUAUUGAUUGGUAUCAUCCUAGGUCUGAGAUACAAUACUCAUUGAAAAUUGUAUGAACUUGUAUCAAAUGUAAAUAAAUGUUGAAUAAGUUAUAGUAA